AUGGCAGCGCCAGAUGUCAGUGGGCAGACGCGCUUGGCGGCGGUCUUUGAUGCUUGCGCAGGGCUUGUUUGUCAACAGCAGCGAGAAGAUUCUGCCCAGGCGGGUGACUGCUACACGCUGAUCUCUUUCGACACCUCGGCGCAAGUCUGGUUCAAGAGGCAGGCGGCGCAAGAAGCCCAGCAAAGCAUUCAAGAUGUUCGUCAUGGAUUGCUGCCUGUGGUUCAUGCAACCCGCUUUCAUGCCGCGUUCAAGAAGCUGGCAGAAGUCCUCGGCAGUGGGAAGAAGCCGGCGGAGGACGUGCGGGUGAUUUUCCUUUCUGACGGCGCUCCACAUCAAGGCAAGGGCCUAGGAGCCCGUGGCCACGAUCGAACGGAGGCGGGGGAUUCGAGUGCGGCAAUGUUGGUGGAGAGCUUAGAGACAGAGCUUUUGGGAAGCCCCGCCGUCUGCGGCAUCAAGCAGCUGUUGAUGUACACAGUGGCCUUCGGCAGUGAUGUUGCAGAGUUUGAGCGCUUCUUGAAACCCUUGUCAGAGCGCACUGGUGGCGAGCACUAUGUCAGCAGCCUGAGCAAUUUUGACUUGCGCCGGGCAUUUGGCACGAUAGGCUCGUCCAUCACCACCACUCGCACCUCCGUGAGCGCAGCACCCAUCGUUGGAUCUCCGUGCCAACAGCGCUUCGACUCGUCCUCCACAGGCAAGACAUGCGAGCGAACCUGCACCAUCACGCGUCUUGCGCAGCUUCGCAGCCAAGACAAGCGUGCCGGGUUCUCGGACUACAGGCAGAUACCCAAAUGCCCCUAUGCCGACGUCGUGGUUGACAGCAUGCCCUUCGCCUGGGGUGGCAUGCGCUUGGUGUACGGCUUGCAAGAUGCCUGGAACAGAGACAAGUCUAGCAAGAAGCCUAUUCAGAUGGUUGCUAAGCGGCUCAUUCGGAAGGAGCAUGCCACCUUCAAGGACAUGCUGCCUUUUUGCCUUAGCACGGAGACGGCCAUCAUGUUUAGGACAAACUUCCACCGGGAGUUGAAAAAGCUUGGUGCAGAGGCCCAGAUUUUCUUCGUUCCCUGCUACUUGUACAGCUACAGCCGGAAUGGAACUUCCGACAAGAAUUACUUCGUGGCUGAGCAGUACCUCGAGGGCGAGUUUGUCAAGUUCAACAGCAAUAAUGGCUACGUUAACGAGACUCAUCCGUCCAGUGAGUUGAUGCAGGCCUUCAGUCACUACACCUUCGUGAAGAGCAAGGGCAAGCUUCUCGUCGUGGACCUGCAGGGGGCCGUUGACAAUGGCUGCCUCAUGCUGACCGACCCCCAGGUGUUGAGCAGGGCCAAGUCAAAAGAUCGAGUGUUCGGUCCCGGCGACUUGGGGUUCGACGGCAUGAAGGCGUUCUUUGCGACGCACGAGUGUGGGGAGACCUGCGUUGCCAUGAAGCUCCUAGAGAAGCAGAAGAAGUUUCAGCAAGACAUGGAGCUUAAGCGUCGGCAGUGCGUGAUAUGCCUCAGCUCCGUACGCAGCACCUGCUUUCGGCCUUGUGGCCAUUCCCUUGCUUGUGAGGAUUGCGCCGUGGAGCUCAUUGCCCGUGGGGAGAAAUGCUCCCUCUGCCGAGUGGCCAUUGACCACUACGACAAGGGCAACUUCACCAAGACCUUCGUGCCGCCACGUGCACCGCAAAGCCGACCCAAGCGAGCAGUUGCUAAGCCGGGCGCCGGGUACAACCAGCGCCUGGCCGCCGAGCUCGGCUGGCAGCCGGGGGGAGUCGGAGUCGGGGCAGUGCAGGACCUGCUCCUCCCCGCGAGGGCUCCUGCCCCCAAGCCGGCCCCCAAGGCCUCCCGGCGGCCUGCCCUCAACUUGCGGGCCUCCAGGCACAUGGACCGGCCUGUCUUAGGCCACAGCAACUACAAGACGAACAUCUGCGAGUUCUGGAUGCAGGGUGAAUGCAACCGUGGAAGCCAAUGCACCUUUGCCCAUGGCUUCCAUGAGUUGCGCCGUUGA